UGCGGUUUUUGUAUUAAUCAGAUCAACGAUUGCUACAUUGAUGCACUUUUCUACAUGAAUUGAUGAUAAAGAAUUGGAUUGAAUUCUCCCUCGUCACCCAAUAUGAAUCAUUCACCAUACUUACACACUGGGGAUGCUCAACAAGAUCAUAAAACGAAGUUCCUGAUUACCAACAAAUGAUUCAAUUUUCAGAAUAUUCCGUCAUUAGGUUGCAGUCUCAUUGAGGCAACCUGCAGAACAAGUAACAAGUGGAAAUUCGUCGACAGGUGUUCGUAAUACUGGUAGCUUGUUUUUCGGUUGUAAGCUUAAAUAUGUCAAUAUGAUAUUCCGCUAAAUAUCAAUCCAACGGUAUACCUUACGCCCUCAUCACAUCAAAAUGACGAGUUCAGAUGCCACCCCAGAGCUUGAUCUCAGUCUUCGUAUCGAAUCCCCACGCCUGGUAAUCGGCUACUUGGAUCCCAAUUCUGACGCACAAUGCGACUUCGUUGUUGAAGUAGUCAAUACGCCCGAAUUCAUCGCUGGCAAUGGAGGUGGAACACCAACACCGGACCGAGCUACUGCGCGCGAGCUCCUUUCUAAAGACAUCCCAUACCUCGCACAAACUGGUUUCGGUCGCUACAUAGUAGCAUUGAAGCCGGAGCCCAAAGACGACAUUCAGCCCGGGGACGAACAGUCUCCCGUUGUAUAUAUUGGUUGGGUGACCAUGAAGAUGCGACAUCAUCCAAACUCGCCCACUAUUCCGGACAUCGGUUUCCAGAUUGCUCGUCAGUUUUGGCGCCGUGGAUAUGCAUCAGAAGCAGCGGGAGCUCUGCUGAAAUAUUUUGAGGAGAAGAGGGGGAUACAUGAAUUCGCUGGUUACUGUAAUGAAGACAACGAAGCAUCGCAAAAGACACUACAGCGAGUGGGCUUCGAGAACCAUGGCAUGAGAACGAUUGCGUUCUCGCCGACUGAACCAACACUUUCCGUUCUGGUGUGGACGAAAGGGUUGAGGAGUGCCCCGGAGAAUUACAGAUUAUAAUCUUGUCGCAAAAGACAGUAGAGCAAUUUGUCUACCUUCAGACUCCGGUCAAAUGUACCUAGGAAAAUUAUUGCCACGCGCUACGGGGUCGGUACUUCGCAAAAAAGACGAUAUUGAACAGACAGGAACG